AAAAGACAAGACUAAUGAGGGUGAGAGAGCGUUGGCGGGGAAGCCGACCAAAUCCGAUGCUCUUAUCCGGUUCGGCAACGAACCAAACCGUUGGUUGCGUGUCGGCGAUCUCCUUCUCUGCUUCCAUUUUGAUUUAUUGCAUUGCAGUGUGGCUUCAAUAUACCGCACAAAAACAUUUUCUUUCUUCCAAAAUUGACGACCAAGAAAUGGAUAACAUGUUGGAAAAUUUCAUCCGAGGCCCACAGAGCCCCUUGAAAUCCCUCUUCCACCGUCGCGGCAGCCGCAGCAACAGCGGAAAGUUAUUCUCCGGCGAUGAUGAUUCUGACCAUGGCGAGGCCAAUUCUCCCAAACACAUUCCUCAGCUUUCUCCUUUCGCCAAUUCUGUCGUUGCUCGAUGCUCCAAGGUUCUUUUGGUUCCUGUUGAACAAUUACAGUAUCAGUUUGAUACAGAGCUGCCAGAUAGUAUCAAGCAGCCUUCGACAUAUGCUAGAAAUUUGUUAGAGUUCUGCUCAUAUCAAGCCAUCCAUAUGCUUACUAGGCGUCCAGAUUAUUUGAGUGACAAGGAGUUCAGUCAGUUGACAUUUGACAUGAUGCUCGCAUGGGAGGACUCUGGUGCUGAGACUGGAUCAGUUGGUAAAGAAACUCCUUGUAGUAACCAGAAGGUGGAGGACGAGGAUGGGUGGUCAUUGUUUUAUUCAAGCUCCACGAGUAUGGCUGUUCAGGUUGAUGACAAGAAAACUGUUGGGCCAGAUGCUUUUGCACGUAUAGCUCCUGCUUGUGCUGCUGUAGCAGACGUAAUUACAGUCCACAAUCUUUUUUAUGCCCUCACAAGCUCUUCUUGCCAUCAACUUCAUUUUCUUAUAUAUGACAAGUACCUUCGAAGCCUUGACAAGGUGAUCAAAGCUUCAAAAAAUGCUUUAGGGCCUUCAAUUUCUGGACUUCAGCUUACUGAAGGUGAGAUUGUCUUGGAUGUUGAUGGUACAGUUCCCACUCAGCCAGUUCUGCAACAUAUAGGGAUCUCUGCGUGGCCUGGGCGGUUGACACUGACCAAUUAUGCUCUGUACUUUGAGUCUUUCGGAGUUGGUUCAUAUGAUAAAGCUGUCAGAUAUGAUCUGGCAACAGACAUGAAGCAAGUCAUAAAGCCUGAGUUAACUGGACCUUUGGGUGCACGUCUCUUUGAUAAAGCCAUCAUGUACCAAUCGACAUCUAUAGCAGAGCCUGUUUAUUUGGAGUUCCCAGAAAUCAAAGGCAAUUCCCGUCGUGACUAUUGGCUGGAUAUUUGUCUUGAGAUCCUGCAUGUUCACAGGUUCAUCAGGAAGUACAACCUUAAAGAUAUUCAGCAGUCUGAAGCUCUAGCAAGGGCAAUCUUGGGUAUAUUCCGAUAUCGUGCAGCAAGGGAAGCUUUCCGUUUCUUUUCAUCCCAAUAUAAAACCUUACUUGCUUUUAACUUGGCUGAAAGCCUUCCGGGAGGAGACACAAUCUUGGAAGCUCUGUCUCGUCGCUUGGCUGUUAUGAGUACUGAUGCUUCUCAACUUGAUGUUGCUAGGACCUGUUACACAAAAAAGCGGCACACAGCAUCCCCAUUUUCACUUUUAACACUCCGCAGACUUGGACUUAUCUUACAAAAAGUGGCAGAUGCCAAUGAAAUAUGUCUGGUUGGAGAUAUAUGUGUUGGUGAAAUGAAUCCUUUGGAAAUGGCAGUGAAACGAUCAAAAUGGGACACGGGAAGGGCUGAAGCAGCUCAGGCGACUGUUGAUCGGGUGAAAGUUGAUGGGAUUGAUACAAAUUUAGCUGUGAUGAAGGAUUUACUUUUCCCUGUUAUUGAGUCUGCCAAAUGCCUUCAGUCUUUGGCUUCAUGGGAGGACCCACUCAAAUCAGCAGUGUUUCUGGUGUUGAUCUGCUAUGCAACCUAUAGGGAUUGGAUCAGGUAUGCUUUGCCAUCCAUUUUCUCAUUCCUUGCAGUCCUCAUGCUCUGGCAUAGUCAUUUCAGCCAGGGGAAGCCAUUAGAAGCCUUCAAGGUCACACCUCCCCCCAGUCGGAAUCCAGUUGAGCAGCUUCUAACAUUGCAACAAGUCUUCGCUCAAUUUGAAGCACUAAUCCAAGAUGGGAAUAUUUUCCUUCUAAAGAUAAGAGCUCUCGUAUUUGCUGUACUUCCGCAGGCCACGGAGAGGGUUUCUCUGUUGCUGGUUUUUCUGGCAGCAACAUUUGCAUUUGUGCCUCUGAGAUAUGUGUGUCUGUCGGUGUUCUUCGAGGCAUUUACAAGGGAAAUGCCAUUGAGGAAAGAUAGCAGCGACAGGUGGCUGAGGCGUGUAAGAGACUGGUGGUUCAAAAUACCAGCGGCUCCUGUUCAGCUUGUAAAAUUUGACGACAAAAAAAAAACAAAAUGACUGUCAUGAGCACCGUUCAUUUGUAAAUGGUAGAUAACGAACUGGAUAUCAUCUCCUUUCUAGCAAAAUUGCGGGUUCUGUACAUACAUGGCUUUCAAGCUCGCUUGGGUUCUUGCAAAAUUGAAGUUCUCAGAUGUGUACCGGUAAUCAAGAAGGUUCCAAAUGGGUGCAUCAUUUCUUCCUCAGUCUUUUCCUUUUGGGACAAAAAGAGCUGCAUCUACGAAGAACUUGCAUACAAACUAGGUAUUUUGACAAUGAAAUUUCAUUCAACCAUUUGAUGCUUGAGAAACAUCUUCAAGCUUUCCACAUCUUAAAUGUGCCCUACAGUUUGCCAUAAAUUUCAUUUUUUAUUACUUUCUGCAGUUACUUCACUUGUGCUAUGCAAAUGAAGAGAACAAACAGCGAUAUUUUACAGGUUGAGUCCAGAGAAGUGGGAGCAAUGUCUGCUCCCUUGGAGUCCAGAGAAGUGGGAGCAAUGUUUAUUUUCAGUAGUAUAUUUCUUUUGUUAAAGGGAUGAAUUGGGUGAUUCAAAUUUAUCUAAAUCUAAAACUAAGAUUUGAAAUCUGUGCUCCUAAAUACUAAGUGUAAAGAGUUGGAGAAAGAGCUAAAAUUAGUGGUUCAUCAAUCUGUGACGAUCCACUAAGGUAUAAUUGGUGUAUGAACAUGAUGACAAUACACGAGUUGAUUUGCUUGAAAAGUGGAUGUAGGUCGAUUUCCAAACAACUAUAAAUAUAGCAUCUCACUCUCUUGUUU